AUAUCAUUUGAUAUUGAAUAUAUAUACAUUUAUGUAUAUUAUGGUAUUGAGUUGAAACGAAAAAAGAAUCCGGAAAAAUUGUGACAAAAUUAAAUACGGAAAUAAGUCAACGAUUAAAAAUUCUAAAGAUGCCUAGGGUGCAUUUUGCUAAUAGCAGCCCUACCAGAGUGCCACAAAUGUUAGAUUUUAGGGACCAACACACACCUCAGGAACACGAUUUACUACGUGUUUCUCCAACUGAUACACUUGCAUUCUCCACAACUAAUGGCAAUGAAAGUGUAUUGGACCUUACAAGUUUAACCAAUGUUCCGAUCACAUAUAAGAUUCAAACAACAUCUCCAGAGAAGUUUCGUGUACGACCACGAUGUGGUGUUUUGAAUCAAGGUGAAUCGGUCACUGUUAAUAUCUUAUUAAAACCAGAUCAGACACUAGCCGAUGGUGGUUUGAAAAAAGAAAAAGAUAAAUUUCUUGUUAUGGUACAUCCAGUGCCUUCAAACAUCGAUCAAUCGGAACCAAUGACAACAUUUUGGAAGCAAGUGCCUCCUAACAGUCCAAACAUAGAGGAGCAUCGUUUAACUUGUGUAUACAAAGGUUCAACAGAUAUCGCACAAUAUGCUAAUAAUGAAAAGUCAAAAUCGAACGUUGAUCAAAUCGGCAAAGAUAUUGUUAAUAUUAGUGAUGUAAGUAAUGACACUUCUCUGUAUAAAGUUGAACAUUUUAAAUCAUUUAAUGCAUCUUUAACAUAUAUCGACUUUUACUGGUGAUAUUAAACUAUUUGAAUAAAAAUAAAGUUUUGGGAUAUUUAAUAAAUACGGCACACCUUGAAUAGCUUCACUUCAGUUUGUGACAAUAGAUAUAGUUUGUAAUAUAAAAUAACAGCAUUGUAGGCUACAAACGGAACCAAAUAAUGCGAACAUAGUAGAACUACGGUUACAACUGACCUUCACCGAAUAUUCAGUUUAUCAAAUGUAAAUGAAAAUAUUUAUCAUUACGGAUUAUAUUAAGUGAGAUCAAAAUUGGAGCUUUCGAACAAAUAUUCUCCUUUUACUCCAACUCAAAAAAAAAUAAAUGGUCAGAAACAAUAUGAAUAGAAAUCUAGCAUAAACUCCUUCCAAG